AUGAUUUUCCUAAUAUUACCUUUCCUCCUACAGUAUACCUUUGGGUGUACGGAUAAAGGUUUGACUGCAGUUUAUGUGGUUCCCGGUGGCACAAAAUUACCUAACUCGGCAUCGGCAUGUUUUACGAGUUGCGCUACUGGAAAUUGUACAGGUGUUGUAUUUCAAGAUGGUGGUGAAAGAUGUAUUACGAUUGACAAAAAUAAUUUUUUCGGAAGUAUCAAUGAGACGGAUUAUAUUGAGAAAACUUGUGUUAAAAGUGAGUUUUGGAAUGAAAAAGGAAAGGGUUUUGAUCUUCCAAAAAAAUAUGGUUAAAAGAUUUUUUCAAUGUCUAGAGAUAUUUCCCUAUAGCUACGUUAACAGCUUCCUACCAACAGAAUCCAGAACUACUAACAUUUCAGAAAUUCCAAACAAAUUAAUUGCUUUCGAAUGGACUGAUCGGAUUCUGAUAGAUCACACUCAAAAAAUCGUAAAAUCAGAAAACAAAUUCAAAUGUGUUGAGGAAUGCGCGAAGGAGAAGGUACAGUAAUCCUUUAAUUGUGAAACUAUCACCAAAUAUGUUUCUUUAGUCUUUCCCAUGUGUUUCUCUCAUGUUCUAUCCAGAAAGCCAAGAUUGUUUGCUAAAUUCGGCAUCCAGCACUUCCGCCAACUUGAAAAUGGAUACAAGCGGUUAUCCUGUCUUCUAUAUGGAACUACAAGGUGUUAAAGGUAAACGCAUCAAUGAUUUUAUAUAAUGCCUUUAUUUUUUCUCACUAAACAAAUAGUAUUUAUAUAUUUUAGAAUCGGUCGAACAUUGUUUGAAUGCGUAUCGUAUGAUUGGUUAUGAUGAAAUUGAAGUUCGCGGUGAAACAAAAUUAUAUGAUGGAAAAGGAGGAUUGGAAAAAUGUGUGGAUCGUUGUGAAGAUUGUGAUUUUGUAGUUUAUAAUGAGAUAUUUUCCGAGUGCUUUGUUGUUUCCUUUGAUCCUUCGGGACAGAUUCUGGAUUUUAUCAAUGAUGAAUAUCAGGUUAUAACUAAUGCUUGUUCAAGUUACAACAAACAUUGUAACUCUUUAUAUGUAUCAUAUGAUAAUGUAAUCAAAUCGAAAUGUUUAGAAGAGUAAGAAUUCUAAAAAAAAAUAUAAGACAUCUUGAAAUCAAACAUUUUCUAGAUGCACACUUGAUUCAACUUGCCAAUUUGUUUAUCAAUCUGCAAAUGGCACAAACUGCGUUGUCACAAGACGAAAAAUGUCAUUGCCUUUAGUUGCUCAAAGAUUAUGUGCGGAUGUUGAUGAUUUAGAUGAUGGAAGUGCAUUACUCUUUGAUGAAUUCGGAACAUGUUCGAAGAAUCCAACAGGUCAACUAAUCUCAAAAAAUGUUGAACUUCAUCAAUGUAUGCAACUUUGUGUGACACAUCCAACAAAAAGUUGUGAAGCGAUAAGUUAUACUUUGGAUAAAUCGUGUUAUUUGAGCAAUGAUUUAUCAGCUGAAGUUGUUAGUGAUGAUGAAUCUACAGGUUGCAAGAUUUUCUCAUUAAAUGUUAUCACUUUUGCAAUUGAAAAAGAGAAAAAGGAAGAUGAAAAGAAAGCGGGAGAAUCGAAAAAGAAACAAUCAUCAAAGAAAACAAAUCGACCAAAACUUCAUUCUGCUGGAAAAAGUCACAUGGAAGAUAUUCGAAUUGCAACACAUUGUAAUUAUGGAGAAAUGACAGUAAAAAUAACAACGAAUUCGGUUUUGGAUAAGGGACAAGUUUAUGUUAGAAAUGGACAUCAAAAUUGUUCAGCAUCAAUAAAUUCGGAAGGCCAUGCUACUUUGCACAUUCCUCAUAACUCAACUUUUUGUCCGGUUUCGAAAAAUGGAGAUAUUUUAGAAGCUGUAGUUGUUGUGUCGAAAAAUUUGAAAAAUGGAAAUAACACUUUGAUUACUGUAGAUGAUCAACUUUUCAAAGUUCGUUGUGAUUAUUCGAAUCAGAAAAAAUCGAUUGUUGUUGCAAAAUCUAUGAAUCUUCGCUCGCCAAACUAUUCAAAUCUGCAAUUAAAUGGACCAGUGAAAAUGAAACCAAUGAGUAUGGAAUUACGAAAUAAAAGAGAAACAUUGUCAGCAAAACAAGUACAACUUGGACAAAGUUUGGAUUUAAUUUUUAAAGCACCAAAAAUGGAAAAAGGACAAGUUUAUAUCCGUCGAUGUAUUGCUGUUGACUCGGAAAAUGAUGAGAAAAUUGUUUUGAUCAAUAAUGGGUGAGUACAACAAUUAAAAAGAGCAAAAGUAACCUCAGCAAGUCUAACCUCAAGGGUGGUUCUAAUCAAAGUAAUCAGCUGACACGCAUGAAUAACCAUCAUAGGCGACAGGUGGAAUUGAACUCGCGACCUUUUGUUUGACAAACCAAACAUUUACCACUCGGCCACACACCAAUGUCAUAGAGACAGAGAAAAAAUGUGUUGACAUUUUUGUGUGAGAGAUAUGUGUGAGAGGAGAAAAAUGGAAAGGGAAGCAUUUUUUGGGAAGAACUUGGAGCAAAACUUAUAGAAAAAAAAACAGAAAAUAAAAAAAAGUUUCACAAUGUUCGUUGAAAACUUUUCACGUACGCAACUAAAAUUUACAAAAAAAAAUUGAACUACUGUAUUUUUUGAAGAUGUGCCACACAAAAUGCCAAAGAAUAUGUGCUCCGUGGCGAAAUUCAAGAAUCUUCUGAAGGUUUCAUUCUACCCUUCAGAGCUUUCCGAUUCAGACAAGGAGAAUCAGUGAGAAUCGAAUGUGAAGUGAAGUAUUGUAAGAAGUGUAAAAAGGUUAGAAAUUUAUAUUUUUCAAAAAUCUUUCGAUCUUUUUUAGUCAAAAUGUACUGCUAGAAGUCGUAGAUCGUUAACAACUGCUGAAGAUCCAGCAGAUGAUUUGAUUCAUGCUGAACUUUUAGUAUCUUCCAAAUCUGAUUCGAUCUUCAAAAAUGAAGGAUAUUGUUUGAAUGCGGCCCAUUUCAAUAUUCUGACAGCCUCAAUAUCUUUACUAAUUGUUCUCCAAUUAAUUAUACUUUUCUACUUCUUUUAUCGCAGAAAAUAUUAA